UUUUUUUUUCUUUUUAGUUUUUAUUCAUAUCAUCGCACUCCGCUCGUUCCUCAUCCUCAUCGCCUAGCUCAGCUUCUCUUUUUCUCUCUCUCUCCCCGGAUCUGAAUCUUCGUCAACGACGCCGAUCAAGAUCAAGCAGUGCAGGAUAAAUCGAGAAGAUGUCUACCGUAUCCAAGACUAAAUCGAGAGACAAGAAGGCUAUGAAUGAUUCACAGAAGACGACACCUAGUAAAGCCUCUGGAUCCAUGGGUGUUAUUGCUGGUGCUUACAAUCCUCUUUUGGGGACAUUUCAAACCAUUGAGUCGCUUUCAGCAACUGGUUCCUCAUCUCUUCACAAUAAUGGCCGUUUCAGAAACAUUGACGAGUCGGAUUCAAAUGGAGCCGACUGUGAUUCUGCCUCUAAUAAUGGUAGCUGGUCUGGUGACUCGGAAGAUCACAAAGAGAAAGGACCUACUACAGCUGCAAAACAGGAAAUGAUUCCAGGAGCUGACAAUGACAAGCGAGAAAAGAUGCGCCUGAAGAAUGAAAGGAAGCACCAACGUCAAAGGGAAAAGCGGGCUCAGGAGUUGCACGAGCGAUGCUGUCAGUUUCUGAUGUCGAGGAAACUUGAAGUCCUUGCUCAGCAGCUCGUAGCAAUGGGGAUUGCUCAUGAGCGGGCAACUUACGCCCUCAUGUUAAACGAAGGGAAAUUAGAGGAAUCCAUUAAUUGGCUGUUUGAUGAUGGUGGAGCCAAAGUAGCAGAUAAGAAACUAGAUCCUACCUCUGGGAACUUGAAGCUUGAUAUAUCGCAAGAGUUAGGUAGCAUCUUGGAGUUGGAAACAAAAUAUAAGUGCACUAAGCAAGACGUAGAAAAAGCUGUGGUUACUGCAGAAGGGGACAUUGAGAAAGCAGAAGAAUCAUUAAGAAAACAGAAGCAAGACCAGUCUACUGCUUCUGGAAAAGCGGGGGAUAUUAGUGGUAACACUUCUGUCAGCAAUAGCAGAGCCCCUUCUGUGCAUACAAGUCAGAGCAUAGUAACUCAGUUGCAACCUAACAACUCAGGUGUGUAUCCUGCAGCUAGCGAAGAUGGCAGAAAGAAUCUUGGUUACCCGAGAGGAUCCAGCUACAUUAGUGGCGGCGAAUCAGGAAACCAUAAUGUAAAUUCGUUGGAUAGAAUUGAGGGAAUUGACCUGAAACUGCAAUGGAUGAAAAUGCAGCAAAGUGCGGCCCAGGAAGAGAAGAGACGCAUGCCAUAUCAACAGACACCACUGCCACGGUCAACAGAAGAAACGCAUUAUGUGGCAGCUCUAGGUGAUCAGUUCAAGAGACUUCAGCAGCAAGAAAUGAGGGAUCCAGUUGUGGUGAUGCAGCAGCAGCAGCAGCAACAACAACAACAACAACAACAGCAACGCUCUCAAUCCGCUACCACAAAUGUGUUACCUGUCUCUACCAUGAACUCAUCCUUUACCGUAGCAGCAGCAGGCAACGGUUGGUACCCUGCAAAUAGAUCUGAGGCAACUCAAUCUAAUGGAUACUUACCCUCAAGAACUCUGACUCCUAGUGAUCUGAACUCAAACCUCAUGUACCAGCAACUUCAGUAUCAACAGUAUCAAGGCCAAUCGAACAACGGCCACAGAAUGGGAGGGGGUUCUGCACCGCUUGCUGUGUCUCCAGCUGCUUCUCUUGGCCUCUUCUCAGGGUAUGGAUCAGUGACUGCAUCAGGAUCUUCUUCUGGGCUGGACUGGAACACGGAUGGGUCGAUGGGACAACUGGAUUACAACAACAUCGACUGGAGUCUAGACAAAGGCCUAGCUUGUCCGAGACCUAGCCAACAGUAUAUGUCGGCAUCCCCAUAUGAAGCGAACAUGUAUGGAAAGACGAGAACGAUGGGGAAUAGGAAUGGGAUGGGCAUGGCUAUGGGAGUGCAGGAUGCUGGUUUAGUGGGGAACGGGAGAGAAUGGACAUCACCGUUUGAGGGUAAAGAUCUGUUUAGUUUGUCUAGACAGUUUGUUCCUCCUUCGCUUUGAAGGUGAAAAAUGCUUCUAAAAUAAAGCAAAUAUGCAAGAUGAGAGAAAGAAAGUGACAGAGAUGAUGGAUGGUCUGAGUUUGUGGUUACUGGUUUUAUCAAGUGUUUCUUGCUUAUUUGCUCUAAAAAGUGGAUCUUUCAAAUUUCCUUAUGUUUAUCCCAACAUACAGUA